AACUACUUCCCAAUGGGAAGCUACUCAAAAUUUUUUCGUCGUUCAUUCUUCGUUUUUAUAGCAAAAUAUAUCCUCAAAUUGAAACGACAGUAAAUAGUAAGUUAUGAUAAACAUUGUUAAUAAAGGUUUAGGUCUAAAGAUAGAAAAUACAACCUUUUUUUACAAUUCCUUUUCCCAUUGACAAGUUAGAAAUAAGGGCCUAUAAGUUAUGGGACUGAAAUACCACCUUGUUUUAUAUUUCUCUUCUGACUUUUUCUGUCUGAAGUGUCUAACUGAAGCCCUCGUCCACUCACUGCUUUUCUGCCGGCUAAGAAAAGCAACAUUGGCUAGUUAAUAUUUACAUUUAUUUAGUUUGAUUAAGGUUUAAUUUUAGUCAACUAUGAGAAAAGGAAUAUUGAUUUACUAUGAUUUAUAUAAUUAACUUAAACAACAAUAGGGAAGUUUGAAAAUAAAGAAAGGCUUAUUUUUAUUUUAAAACUAUACUUUACUAUGACAGCCUAUGACUAUGUCCUUUGAUUAUGGUACUUCGUACUUGAGAAUCAGAUAACAAAAAUGUAGGCAUUUUUUUUUUUUUUUUGUAGGCUAAAACUUCAAACUGUAACUACAAACACUAAAGUCUAAAGUUAAAUUAGCAAACUGAAAGGAAAAAAGUUGUAAUAAUUAUUAUUUCUUAUUCUAUGCAGCGUUUGCAAUAAUAUGACCAUUAUCACUGCUAAUUCAGUAAUCUUUGAACUCAUUCCAAAAUUAAAAUGAAUUAAGACUGAUAAUUAGUUUAAGAUACGAUUUCUAAACCAAUAUUUGGUUUUCCACAAAAAUAAUAUUAAUAAUAAACAUGACAUGUUAACUGUUAAAGGUAAGUUUAGGGUUAGCAUAGUCACCAUGACCUCGAGAGGGUGUUGCAACCAAUACAAAUUAAUAGGCCCAUUAUGGUUAGGGUAGCCUACCUGAAAUGUUUUAUUUUUAAAUUAUUUAAAAUAUUCUUAAUCAUUCCAUCGACUGAUCUACUGUUGAGUCAUUCAUACUGUUACUAAGGAAUUUGUUUGCUUUUUAUUUGUACAGAUAUACAUUCAGUUUAUGAGUCUGUUCUAGGAAUUGUUAAAUAAAUGCAGGACAUCCCUUUUCUUAAGCUUGCAUGUUUUUUCUCAGCACGUAAUCAAUGAUGGUUAGUGUUAAUAGGGGAUGCCGCAUGUGUGGAUUCUUUAAAGAUAGUUUCUUUGUUAGGUCUUGUGUGAUGUUCUAAUCUUUCAAACUUUCUAGCAAAGUACAAUUAGUAGGCUUGAAAAAUCCUGUCAAUCUGUUGGAAAAAUAUAAUUUGGCAAAAGUAAAAACUUUAAAAAAAAUCAUAUAAAUCCAAUUUUUGGUAAAAGUGAAAAACUUAUUACAUUAUUGAAUUGAGUUCGGAAAAAAACAAAAAACAAUCUUGCUUUUGAACAUGUGCAUGACAAUAAUUUUUUACUAGAAAGAGGUCCCCAAAGAAGUCCAACAAUGGCCUUGAUAAUUAAUGGCACCUCAUGUAACUGAUGAUACUUUUAUAUUAAAAUGGAUAGACAAGCUAAAGCAGCCUUUAUAAUUUUUUGACUAUUCUAUAAUUAUACCUACUAAUACUAAUAUCUUAAGAAAAACACCAGACCAUCGAGCCAGAGCUCGUUAGGUCUUCCCCAAUAUACCCCUUCUUCCCCUCACCCAACUCGUGCUUUCCUUCCAAUUGGACCGCAAAGCAGCACGCAGGAAGUACUCUGCUGCUGAGACGGCCCCACCCUCUGUCCACUUGAUUGACCAAGCAAGCAGGGUGAUGACAACCAAGGAGCACCUGGUCGGUUGGUGGUGUUACUCUUGCAGCACCAGCAAUUGAACUUAAUAUGAACUGGGAAGGAGAUAAUUAAAUGUCACAAAAACAACCCUUCCCAUCCCGUAGUAGCGUCAGAUGCUAACUAACAGGGUUUCUACAAGUGGUUUUCUACCUCGUGAAAGGGAUUGUCCCUAUCCAAAAUUAAAUAUAUUAAUUAACAGGAUGCACAAAAUGUCUUAAAAAUACUUUUAUAUUCUAAAACUGUGUUUUUUUACAUUUAAACAGUACCUAAAUGUUCUACCUACAGAUGAAUUUAUCAAGUAUAUUACUAAAGUAAAAGACAUUGUAGCAGUCAAGACAUUCUAGGAUUACAAUGGCUGAUGAAGUUGAAGAAGACGAAUUUGAAUUACAAUUGCGUCAAGAAGAACUAGCCAGACUUGCCAAAGAAGAUGGUGCAGCUCUCUCUCGGGGUCUGUGCUACACUGAUGAUGAUGGUACAGUUAUGGAAUGGGACUAUGAGAGAAAGGCCUAUUUUCCCAAAGUAAUUAUUUUCAAUUUAUAUUUAACUAUGCAUUAAUGGUAUCAAUAAUUUAAUGGAUGAUUGAGAUUAUUUUACAUUAUUUAAAUUUUGUUAAUUGCAUUCUUUAUUUUUUAUUCUAGAUUGAUGCAGAUUUUAUCGCUCAGUAUCAAAUAAACUAUGGAACUUCAUAUGGGCAGCAAGCAUCUGAGCUGACAGAAGAUCAAAAAAAGUCCCAGUCUGAAGAGUACUGGAGAAACUAUUACAAUGUUUAUUCUAAGGAACAACCACCCUUGCCUAAAUUGGAUGAUGAAGGUAACCCUGUUGAGGAGGAAGAGGAUGAUGAAGGAAAAGAAAAAAAAUCAGCCGAUAAAGUUGUUGCCUCCAGCACCAAACAGACCCCAGCUGACAAUACACAGACUGCCUCAAGUUUCGAGAGCUCCGAUCCUACAUCUGAUGAGCAUUACGAGUACAACCUCUACUACUAUGGUAAAGAAUAUGCAGACCAGUAUCGUGAUUACUACAAAGAACAUCCCGAUGCCGAAGCCUUGCCUGACUUUAUAGCUCAGAGUGCAGCCGCCGCCGCAAGUGGAGUGGGCAAGAAACAAGACGAUGGGAAAAAAGGGAAAAAGAAAAAAGAAGAGACAGGAGAAAAACGUAAAGAGCCACCAAGAGAAGAAGGUAAAGUCAUUUAUGAAUUUAUCUGAAUGAUUAAAACAGUAUGCUCUUUAAAACAGUAGUCUUUAUUAGAAAUAAUUUGGUUUUUGGAACCAUUUAUUAAAACCCUCAUUUGUAUAUGCUAUUAAUUGAAUUUAGCAGACUUAAACCUAUACUCACUUCUGGAGGAGUCCUAUGUUAAAAAAAUGUUGUAUGGCAAGUAAAGUGGAGCUGGUAGCCAAUGUAUUAGCCGGGGCCUUAAAGAGUGAAAGCUGACACUGGCCCUGUUAUAGCCUGUGUGUUUACCUAAUAUGCUUCAACUUAGCUCUAAAGCGUCCACCACUUUUCUCCCCCUUUUUUUGUUUUGAUAUUAAUGUCACUAAUUAAAUGUGUAGUGCUGUACCAUUUCCAACCCCUUUCUUGAUUGGGAAUAGGUUGAUUACUUUCUCAUUUUUUCUAAAGAAUGCUAUCAGGUGACGCAAUUUCUAGAAUGUCUUUUCUGUAUGGUUCCAACUCCCACCCAGAAGAAAUUUUCCCUAGAUUUCCUAGACAUUUUAUUGCAGCCUUUAAAUAUUGUACUCUUUCUGUGUGUGUAUCUUAAUAUUUGUAUCGUUAGAGGAUUAUACCUUUUCACUUGCUGUGUUAAUAUAGUUUUUAGUUCUGUCUAUUUGAUUUUGAAUUUUAUAUAAUUUUAAUAGUAUAACUAAAUUGGAUAUUGUUAACAUCACUAGUUUUUUUGGUAUAAUUUUUCUUUGCAUACUGGUUUUCAUGUUUUCAUUCCUUUGUUACAUAUGUGUUCCUCUAACUAAAUAGACAAUUCUUAAAACAGAUUCAAUUUGAUAAACCAUAUAAUGGUAUGUAACAGACCCCCUCCAGAAUAUUAAUUAUUAUUAAUAAUAUUCUCAUGACUUGUCAAGAGUAGUUUUCAAUGACUGCAUACAUUCAAACAUUUCAGCAGUAUUUGUAAUUGAAGAAAGAAGGCACUAAAUUGUGUACUAAAUUAACAAAAUAUUUAGAUUCAUUAAAAUUUAUAAAAUGUAUACAUUAUGUAUUUAUGAGAAUUCUAUUUUUUUUAUUUGGCAUUAUAAAAAGGUUGGUUUGAGAUUGACCCUGAGUCGUCCACCCAGGUCUAUGUCAGUGAGUUGCCCUUAGACAUAACAGAUGAUGAAUUUAAGGAACUCAUGUCCAAGUGUGGUCUUGUCAUGUUUGAUCCGCUAACACAGAAACCAAAACUGAAACUCUACAAAGACCAGGAGGGCAACAUGAAGGGAGAUGGACUAUGCACAUAUAUAAAGGUGAGGAAUACAAAGGGAUGAGUACACUUAUUGAUGACAAGUUUAUAAGUGAGAGUAAGAAAUUUUAAAUAGAUUUUGACUGUGUGACUUUUUUUCAAUGAAAAGAUCAGGAAAAAAGGCAUUUAAUAAAAAUAAUACAUACCUUUUAAAGUACACUUAAUACAUCAUUGUUAUGAUAAAUUGUCAUAUCAAGAACAAUACUGUCAUUAGCACCAAAAUUACCAAAUCUGAGUUUUUUAAUUUCCUCACAUCCUAUAAUUAAGUCAAAUAUUAAGUAUACAAUACUCGACAUGGUAGUUUUAAAAAGUCAAACAUAUUUUUUUGGGAAAAAAAACAACAACUUGUACUCCUCUCUAGAUAAAUCUACAUAUAUGUCCACUAUUGAUUUGGCACUUACGACAAUCUUGCUCUAAAUAGAUGACAAAUAUUUAUUCAAGUCAUGCACAUCUGUUUUCUUAAAUAGAUGACAAAUAUUUAUUCAAGUCAUGCACUUCUGUUUUCUUAAAGAUAAAAGAUGAGGAAUAAAGUAGCUUUCGGACAUUUUAGUUUGCAUGCUUACUGUACACUUACACAACCACACAUAUAGAUAAAAUAAAAAACUUGCUUUUAAGCCAGUAAGUGAUAUGUAAACAUGAUUUUACCAAAUUUUUAUUGUCUUUUUAUCCAAUUGUUUGUUUCCCAGCCUGAGUCUGUAACAUUAGCUUUUCAACUCCUUGAUGGCAAGGAGCUUAGAGGUAAAACAAUUAGUGUGGAGAGAGCCAGGUUUGAGCUAAAAGGUCAGUUCGACCCUAAGAAGAAGAAGAAAAAACUCAGCAACAAAGCCAAACAGAAGAUGAAAGAAAAACAACAGAAGUGAGUAAGAGGAUUUAAUUUUGGGAAUUCAUUAUUGUUAUUUAAAAAAAAUUUUGUUCUUUUUUUUAUAAGCAAAAUUUGAGUUUUAAAUAUAAAUUCUUAUUCUGUUCAUCCUUGAUGCAUGCCACUUCAGAUAACUUAAAUCAAAUGCAGGUUUAGCAAUAAUUAGAAUCUUUGAUCUAAAAUUAUUUUAUAUAUAUUUUAAAAUAAUUGAAGUGAAUUAUUGUCAUGAAGUUAUUUUAUUUGGGAUUAUUAAUUCAAAGUUGAAUCUGACAACUUGGUCAGUAAUAACACUUCCAGAGGGAUGCAAUGCUAUUGGAUGAAUUGUUUACCUUGAAAUCCAACUUUUUUCCCCCUAGACUGUUUGAUUGGAGAUUUGAUAAGUCCAUCUUCCAAAGAGGCAAGCAUGAGCGUACGGUUAUCUUGAAAAAUAUGUUCAACAUCCAAGAGUUUGAGGUAAGUCAUUUGAACAUGUCAACUAUGAAACUUUAUUUACUUCAUGAUCUUACUUUUCUUUCACUGAAAAUUAUAAGCUAUCAUUCUGAAAUUAUAUAUUUGUGAUAUUUUUGUUUCUCAACAGGCACCCGUAUUUUACACUAAGAGUCAUAUCUCUUAAAUAUAUUUUGCUUCUGGUGUGUCCUGCUUCCUUUUCACAACUGGCCCUCCUCCUACUCAACAUGUUUCAUUUUAAUAGUUCUUAGUGAAAAAACAAACAAAAGCUGUCACCCAGUGAGCGUCAUGUAUGACGGCUGUGAGCAUCAUGUGUGAUGGUUGAACUCAGGUUAAAAGGUUGAAUUUUGUUUCCUUUCUACUAUAUUAAUCAGUAAAGAGCCACAGGAUUGGUGCAGGACUGUCUGUAGGACUAUUGUUUAAAGGGCCGGAUGGUAGGGUGUAGGACUGUCUGUAGGACUAUUUUUUAAAGGGCCGGAAUGUAGGGUGUAGGGCUGUCUGUAGGACAAUUGUUCAAAGGGCCGGAAUGUAGGGUGUAGGGCUGUCUGUAGGUCUAUUUUUUUAUAGAAAAAGAGAAGUUAACUCUUUUUUUUUUACUCAAAAUACCCGGACCGGGUGUAAAAAAACUGCACACAGUUAAGCCGUAGUACGAAUAAUUUUGCUUAAAAAAACCCUCUGAAACAAAUCCCAGUUAAUUCAUUAUUUACCACGAAAGUGUACAAACCAUCUUAAGUUGGUAAAAAUCAUAAAUAUCAAUUUUUUUUCUAACGCAUUUAACCUUUUGAAAUCGUUAUUUAAUGUAAUAAUAUUUUUUUUUGCACUGGACACUGUGUCAUACAUGUUAAAAUCGCAAGCAAAAUAAAUAAAACAUUGAUCAAAAGGAUCUUAAAUUCUAUUGUUCCAUUCAAAAUUACCUUUCACCCAAAGUUAAGUGUAGGCCAGUGGUCAGCAAAUCGCAGCUUGUGAGCCACGUGCGCUCUUUAUCAACCUGAUGGCGGCUCGGCAAGUCAGCCACAAAUUGGUUUUGACUCCGAAAGAUAUGGUUCUUGACAGGCUCUUGAAAAGAAAUUUGGCUCUCAGAAAAAUUUUGAUCGUCCUGCUGCUGAUUUUUGGCUUUUUUUUACUAAAGAGUUUGCCGACCACUGGGAUAUGCCAUAUGACCAUACAGUCUGUGCGAUUUUUGAAAGGGUUCUAUUUAAUGUUGCUAUUGUAGGGAAUCCUUUCGGUGCCAACUUCUAAACAGGAUUGAUAACAAUUGCAAUUUACAAACAAAACAAAAAAAACAAAUCAGUUUUAUUUGAUUUAAGCCAUAUUUAUUGGAGUUAAAUAGUAUUUAAAAAAAAAAAAAAUUGAUUUUAAUAUUUUUUCAAUAAAGGGUUUCUUAAGAUUUUGAAAGUAUAUUAAUGUUUACAAAGAUGAAAUAUACAGUUAAAUUGUUUAAAUAAUUUUUUUUGAUUUAAAUUGCAUUUUUAAAAUUUAAUUCUUUUUUUUUUUCUUGACCUGGAAUAUUUUUUCAUGUUUUAAAUGAGAGAUUAAGAUUUUGACGUAAAUUAAUGUUUGUCAAAAUUAAAUAUAAUGUAGUUAAUGGUGUAAAUCAAGUUUAAAAAAUAUAAUUGCAAUUGGAUUUUAAAAAAUUAAAUUUUUUUUUUAUCAUUUCAAAUAUAUCUAAUUCUUCUUUUUUUUUUCAAAAAGUAUUUCUUUAGAUUCUGAAGUUUAUUAAUUUUUUUUUAUAGAUUUAACAUAAUACAUUCAAUGUUAUUUAAAUUAAAUUUUUGGAUUUAAAUUGUUUUUUUUUAACCUUUAUGAAUUAAAUUAAAUUACAAAUAAUAAAAUAUUAAUUAAAGUCAUAAAAAAAAUCCCAGUAUGAGCUUUCCCUCUAUCAUUUAAAUACUAAUAAAACUGAUUAUUAAAAUAAUUAAAUAAAUAAAGUUCUAGAAACUUAUCAUCAACAAUAGGCAUAGUGACUCAUAUAGUCUAAAUAUUGUAGUCUUUAUCUAAUAUAUGAGUAAGAAGUUCAAUUUUGUCAUCAUAAUCAGUGGCGCUACAGCCCAUGAAGGGCCCUGGCCUGCUCCACCACAACCUUCCGUUCGGAAGAUCCAUGGCUUUCCGCCUCCAUGCACGAACCCCCAACUGGUGUAAAUCCUUCUCUACAUCGCCGAUCCAUCUCAGCCUUGGGCGACCGGCGAGUCGUCUGCCCCUAGGUUUCUGCCUGUGUAUCAUUGUAUAUAAGAAGUUCAAUUCAGUUUCAAUCUUUCAAAUUAUCAAUAUCUAUUUCAUAAUAUUGUCAUUCAUCGAUGCCAUUCUAUUCCGAAAACGCCUUCUAAUUAAAUAAUUUGCAUACACAAACUAAUAGUCCAGCUUUCUCAGCCUCAAGUCGAUUUCUAAUUUCUAAAAACUGAAUAGGUUAAUUGAAUAGAAAUUAAAUUUAUUAUGAUCAAAUCCUAAUUAUAUGUCAAAAAAUGAUAUAUUAUGUGACUAAUACAACAUUAAAACAAACUGGAGUUCACUUUAGCGAGUGCCUUAUAAUAGAGAAAUAAAUAAAAUUGAAAUCACAAUUCAUAAAUUUCAAUCAGACUAAUAAAAAUGAGUUGAUUUAACUCAUCUCAUCCCUGACCAUGAUUACAAAUCAGUGUGUGUAGUUAUUAUCGAUGACUUUAGUGUCAGUAAGCGUUCUUUUAUUUGCCAUUAAAUGUAUUUAUAUUACUAAGAAUGAAUGGCCUUAGUCCAGGCCGGCACAACAUACGGCUCGAGGGCCGCAAGUGGCCCGCCAGCACACACUUGGCGGCCCGAGAAGCAACGAAAUAUUCUUUAUUUAUUAUUAUUUUCUUAAUAGCUCUCCCCCUGUUCUAUUAUAUUUCGGCCGCACAAGUUUUUCAUAAAGUAUUACGGCCCACCUUACAUUUUGAGUUGUGCCGGCCUGCCUUAGUCUUUUAGUUUUAGUCAAUAUGCCUAUUUAUUAAUUCGGCCUAUGCCAUGACUACUUUUAAUGUGUUUACACUUUUUAUAACUUACUAUAAUUAAGGCAGUAGCGAUUUUCUUCGUUGUUUUUAGAGCCGUCAUCAGCGAGAAUUAUAUAUUUUUAAAAUGUUAAUAUUUUAAUCCAGCAGUAAACUUCCAAUGAAAAAAAAAAAGUUUGCAUGAGACAUGCACCAGGGGAAAUUUUCUAAGUGGAUGUCAGACUGAAAACCCUUGAAAUGUUGUUACUUCUUCAAUUGGAUCGGCCCAAUUUGCAACAAAAAUAAGACAUUUGAGUGCUUGUUUUAGGCUCUUAUGACAUUCAAGCAUAUUUAAAAUACCUCCUUUAAAACCUUCUUUUCUCAGCCCUGUCAUGUUGAUAAUCAAUCAGAUAAAGUUAUAAGGACAGAGACCUUGUUUGACAAUUUCAAUGCAGUCACAUCUAUUUUACAGUGCACAAUUAAUAUUAACAAUGACACUUGUUUUAUGGGGUUUUCAAACUAAUCCGGAACCUAUCAAGCGUUCAUAACACAGAUCAAUAAAUAAGAUAGCUAUAAAUUAUUAUGUUUUCAAAUGUUUUUCUGUACAAUCUUUCAUGCUUUGUACAGUUUUUUUUACUCUUGCAGGUAUGAUCUUAAAUGUUCAUAGACUUAUAUUAUAGACUUAUUUCAUAGAGUUAUUUCAUAGACUUAUUUGAUAGACUUAUUUCAUAGACUUAUUUCAUAGACUUAUUUCAUACACUUAUUUCAUAGACUUAUUUCAUACACUUAUUUCAUAGACUUAUUUCAUACACUUAUUUCAUAGAAUUUUCUCUAAAGCCGUCCCUUUGAUGUUUUUAAAAUAUCACUAUAAGGAGAGUUUAUAUUUAGAGGAUUUAAGCGUUAAAUGUGUCGGUGAGCGAACAUCUGUGAUCAGGUUAUGAAAACAUGAAUUGAUGUUAAGAGCCGCGCUCAUACAGUUAACGCUCAUACAGUUAAUGAUUGUUCUGUUAAAAGGGGUUGAGCAGAAUUGGUGUCUAAAGUUCAAACGUUCCUCCUGUCUACUUACUGCCGACAAUGAACGCACUAAGCCUGAUCCCCGUGUCAGUGGCAGGGCCUGUAUUAUGCUAACCAUCGUUAGUCGUCUGUAUUAUGCUAACCAUCGUUAGUCGUCUGUAAUAUGCUAACCAUCGUUAGUCGUCUGUAGUAUGCUAACCAUCGUUGGUCUUCAUAAUUAGCAAUAGUGUUGCAUUUUUGUUACUGACGCUCCGCCUACAUUUUUAGUACAUCCUCCGUACGCGUAUAUCCGUAUAUCGUGUGUUUAGUGCUAACACUCGAGGCACCGAGCAUGUCCCUCGAGACUUGAUGAAAGAUGAGGCCAUCAAAAUGGCUUGAUGGUAAUUAUAACUCUUACUGGAAGAUGAAUGGUGACCACUGUUGGCUUUGAUGGCCUGACCUCUCCCCAGCUCACCCAGGGGCAGCAUUCUCAUGAUGACCAGCGAGAUAACUCAUACAGGCAUCGUCAAAAUAUUGGAUGACCUCCCUUGGGUCUAGAAUGCGGACCGCGCAUAGUUUCCAUGUUAAACAUUCAUGUGUGUCCACCCAGUGGCGUACUUACCGUAGUGGCAGAUGGCUUACGUACCAUAGUAGCAGAUACAGUCAUGUUUCGGGACCCUGUCCUGUGUGUGGGGUUUUGGGCGGGGGGGGGGAGCACAAUCAGCCAGUCGAAGUGUAUUAAUAGUUUCAAAGUAAAGGCAACUUUUCUUUAUUGAUCAGAACCAGAGUAUACGGAGAUGGCUUACGUACCAUAGUAGCAGAUACAGUCAUGUUUCGGGACCCUGUCCUGUGUGUGGGGUUUUGGGCGGGGGGGGGGAGCACAAUCAGCCAGUCGAAAUGUAUUAAUAGUUUCAAAGUAAAGACAACUUUUCUUGAUUGAUCAGAACCAGAGUAUACGGGAGAUAUUAAGUCUAUUGAAUGAACUGCAGUAGUUCAAAUUGAAGUGAUGUUAUAAUGACACUCAGGUUUACAGUGCGUUUACUGUUUUAGUUAAGUAACUGUUGGUGUUGGAGUGGGGGCCCGUGCACAUAAAGUUGGUAGUAGACACGGCUGUAGUUGUUGUGGGGGGCCCGUGUACAUAAAGUUAGUAGGGAGACACGGCUGUAGUUGUUGUGGGGGGCCCUUGUACGUAAAGUUGGUAGGGAGACACGGCUGUAGUUGUUGUGGGGGCCCGUGUACAUAAAGUUAGUAGGGACACACAGCUGUAGUUGUUGUGGGGGCCCUUGUACAUAAAGUUAGUAGGGAGACACGGCUGUAGUUGUUGUGGGGGCCCUUGUACGUAAAGUUGGUAGGGAGGCACGGCUAUAGUUGUUGUGGGGGGCCCUUGUACGUAAAGUUAGUAGAGAGGCACGGCUGACGUUGUUGUGGGCGGCCCAACGGCUGUAGUUGUUGUGGGGGUCCCGUUUACUUAAUGUUAGUAGGAGGCCACGGCUGUGGUUGUUGUGGGGGCCCUUGUACAUAAAGUUAGUAGGGAGACACGGCUGUAGUUGUUGUGGGGGCCCUUGUACAUAAAGUUGGUAGGGAGACACGGCUGUAGUUGUUGUGGGGGCCCUUGUGCAUAAAGUUGGAGUGGGACCUUGGUGAGAAGGUUACGUCACUGCUACCAUCCCGGUAACUACCACCCCGGUACCUACCACCCUGGUAACUACCACCCCAGUACCUAACACCCCGGUAACUAUUACCCCAGUACCUACCACCCCGGUACCUACCACCCCAGUAAAUACCACCCCGGUACAUACCACCCUGGUACGUACCACCCCAGUACCUACCACCCCGGUAACUAUUACCCCAGUACCUACCACCCCGGUACCUACCACCCCAGUAAAUACCACCCCAGUACAUACCACCCCGGUACGUACCACCCCAGUACAUACCACCCCGGUACGUACCACCCCAGUACCUACCACCCUGGUAACUACCACCUUCUGUUUUACUGUCUCUUAGACAUCGGGGCUGACAUAAUUUAGUCUAGACUACGUGUCUAGUGUUCAUCGUUUACAAUUUUCAUUUAGACAUUUAAAAUAUUUCAAUAGAGUUAUGGGACAAAAUAUUUGACUUGAUCAGCUAAAAGACUUAUUUAUGACCAUGUGGACGACUUAAGACCAUUUGCAACAAACAUAGGUCCUUGCAAGUAACAUAGGUAAAAUCCUUGCAACUAAUUUAGGUGAAAUCCUUGCAUCUAACAUAGGUGAAAUCCUUGCAACUAACAUAGGUGAAAUCCUUGCAACUAACAUAUGUGAAAUCCUUGCAACUAACAUAGGUGAAAUCCUUGCAUCUAACAUAGGUGAAAUCCUUGCAUCUAACAUAGGUGAAAUCAUUGCAACUAACAUAGGUGAAAUCCUUGCAACUGACAUAUGUUAAAUCCUUGCAACUGACAUAUGUGAAAUCCUUGCAAUUUAUAUAGGUGAAAUCCUUGCAAGUAACAUAGGGGAAAUCCUUGUAACUAAUAUUGGUGAAAUCCUUGCAACUAACAUAGAUGAAACCCUUGCAACUAACAUAGGUGAAAUCCUUGCAACUAACAUAGGUGAAAUCCUUGCAACUAACAUAGGCGAAAUCCUUGCAACUAACAUAGGUAAAAUCAUUGCAACUAGCAUAAGCAGUGACCUUGCAUGUAACAUACUAGCUCUUCGCAUUUAGCAUCCUCCUUGCGCCUUACAUAAGCUAAAUCCAUGACCUUACAUAAGUGAUGUCCUAGUACUUAACGUAAUGGGUGUCCUUACACCUAACACAAGUGAUGCCCUUACACCUAACUCAAGUGAUGUCCUUACACCUAACACACGCGAUGUCCUUACACCUAACACAAGUGAUGUCCUUACACCUAACACAAGUGAUGUCCUUACACCUAACACAAGUGAUGUCCUUACACCUAACUCAAGUGAUGUCCUUACACCUAACACACGUGAUGUCCUUGUACACAAGUGAUGUCCUUACACCUAACACAAGUGAUGUCCUUACACCUAACUCAAGUGAUUUCCUUACAUCUAACUCAAGUGAUGUCCUUACACCUAACACACGUGAUGUUCUAGUACACAAGUGAUGUCCUUACACCUAACUCAAGUGAUGUCCUUACACCUAACUCAAGUGAUGUCCUUACACCUAACUCAAGUGAUGUCCUUACACCUAACACACGUGAUGCUCUAGUACACAAGUGAUGUCGCUGCACCCAACAAAGCGCUCAGCCUAAUUGACCUCUCUUACGAUAUAAAUCUGAUCUCAAUGCCAGCACAGUUCUGCGGUUUCUGAUUUCCUUAUCUCCGAUGUUGCACCUAUUUAUCAUCACUUUGUCUCGCGGUAAUUGAUGUCCUGGAACACCCCUCUUGUCAUAUUCUCGCGAGCUCCGACCACGUGGGCAUCCCAGAGAUGCAGCAAGGCAAUGUCGCGAAUGUGCAGUGGGGGGGACAGACGUCGGUGCGGGAUGUUGGCGAGAUGAACAACUUGUCCAGAUUUAUGCUGUGCCGUCAGAGGUGGGAUGGAGUCUUUUUGUCGCCGAGACCAAAUGGAGUUACACGUUGUCAAGUAACUCUGACACAUUAGCCGGACGAUUUUAUUUCAUGCUAUUCAGUUAUCUGUUGGUUGUGAUGUUUUAGUGUACGUUUUUCUUACUCCGAUGUAAAAAUAUCGCAGCUUUUUCAAUUGUUUUAUCAGCACAAUCUCAUGAACCUUGCACUGAAAUAUGCAAAAACUUCACAGUUUACUUGUUGAAUUAUUGACUUUUGCCGACUUUGUCAUAUACGACUCUCAUUAUUUUCCUUUUGACGACAACUUCAGAUUUGAUGCUGAAUGAUUGGGAGUGGGGGGAGGGGGGGAUAGUAAUGGUGCAUGUGCUGGUGGCGGGGCAUAAGAUAACAUUGGGAGCAUUCGUACUAAGCUCUUACUUUGUACACGUGUGAAGUAAGGCCCAAUAAUAACAUUAUGUCAUUGGUACACGUGUGAGGUAAGGCCCAAUAAUAACAUUAUGUCAUUGGUACACGUGUGAAGUAAGGCCCAAUAUUAACAUUAUGUCAUUGGUACACGUGUGAAGUAAGGCCCAAUAAUAACAUUAUGUCAUUGGUACACGUGUGAAGUAAAGCCCAAUAAUAACAUUAUGUCAUUGGUACACGUGUGAAGUAAGGCCCAAUAAUAACAUUAUGUCAUUGGUACACGUGUGAAGUAAGGCCCAAUAAUAACAUUAUGUCAUUGGUACACGUGUGAAGUAAGGCCCAAUAAUAACAUUAUGUCAUUGAAUACCGACAAAGAUAUGCAACAUUUCCACCUUUUUUGAAGUCUGACAAACAAAUAGGUCUAGAAAAGACUUGAGCUGGAUUAUAUUUUCCUAACUCAUCACCCUCCAGCCCCACUCAUCAACCCUUAAACCCACUCAGCACCAUCCAGCCCUGAUCAUCACCAUCCAACCCCACUCCUCCAGACAUGGGUUCAUUAUCCGGCCAGCGAGCACAUUCUCUAUCCCAGAAGUCAUUAUCCGGCCAGCGAGCACAUUCUCUAUCCCAGAAGUCAUUAUCCGGCCAGCGAGCACAUUCUCUAUCCCAGAAGUCAUUAUCCGGCCAGCGAGCACAUUCUCUAUCCCAGAAGUCAUUAUCCGGCCAGCGAGCACAUUCUCUAUCCCAGAAGUCAUUAUCCGGCCAGCGAGCACAUUCUCUAUCCCAGAAGUCAUCGGUUACGCCUGUGAUUGAUGGAGUCUGCGAGACGUGUAUGCCAAAAUUGCUUUUGUUGUUCUUCGCUGACAUCCGCGUGGCACUGAAAACAUAAUGGGACUAAUGGAUGAGCCUCACCUUCUAUACCUACCUUCUUACCCCCAACCUUCCGUUGCCUCCUGCCUGGCAGGUACAGGAGGCUGUCAACGUUUAGAUUAGUUUCAUACAUUAUUUGUUGACAUGAUUUAUUAUUUUAUUAUAUUAAAUCUUAUUUGAAGAAUCCACAUACUUAAGAAUCGAUUCACUGAGUUGUAACAUAAGCUGGACUGUCCCUAAGUCAACAUGACGCAGGGAGAGGGGCGAUGAAAGAGACUUAUACCAACGCGGAUACAUUGGGUAUUGGAGUCAAACAUUUGAGAUAACUUAUAAUAAAUAUUUUUAUAAUUCUCUCUCUCACACUUAUUCUCUAGGCAAAACUUUUUUUUUUUCUUUUUGCCUGCUAAUAACUGCAUAAUAAUGAGCAUUUCGUAUUUUAGCCUUUGGGUCUAUAAAAGGUGAUGAUCUUUUUGAAUGCUUUACUAAAUGGAUCAAUAGUGGACUUUAAGAAAACUUGCAAAUGGCAAGUCUGUGAAGUCCGCUUUCAAUAUUUCAAAUACAAUAUUUAAAAAAAAUAAAAAUAAAUUAAUAGUCCUCAGUCAGUGAUUUGCGUCUCCCACAGCUAUUUAGCGAGACCUCCGGAAUAUUCGAGAGUAAGCCUCCAUUGUUGUAGUAGGGGCCACCAGUAAUCUUUAGUAGGCCAGAAAGCCCCGAUUGGAACGUUCUUCUUCGGUGAAAUAUUUCCCCGCAAACGGUUGGGGGACCUUCAUUCGUCGUGCUUUGUUCGUUCGCCCUUUCGCCCCUCUUUCCUUCUCACACGCCAACCCUCCCACCUCAGGCCAGGUUUACUAUGCCUGGUUUUGUCGGUCGUCUGUUUUGAAAAGGUUCGCUUAGGAAGGGGAGAGACGAAGAGGUUCCGCCAUAGAAAACAAACAUGCAAAUCAGAACCACAGCGUAGUCUCUCUUGAGUAAAUAGAAUAUAUACAACUCUGUGGGUUCCUUGUCUUUCUUUUUUUUUUACUUAGCUGCUGAGAAUAAUCCAGAAAUAAUACUACUUACAAUCAGUGCUGACGUCACUGACGUGUAUACUCAGGGCGGUAUCAAGGAAAUGCUGCGCCCCCCCCCCUUUUUUUUUUUUAAAACGAAAAAUAUAGAUUUAUAUAAAUUAUUCAUGAAUGAAGACGAGGUUGGCGCCAGUUGAAUAGAGCAACUGAAGCCUUCGCCCCCCCCCCUCUUUGACCCAGUUCACAAAUAAACACAAACCAAUGACGCUUUUCUUAAUCUAUACACCGUUGUCAAUGACUUGUCACAUCGAACCUUAUUGUCAAUCAAUGGUCACACCAUACCUAGUUUUAUUUAACUUGUGACACCGAACCCUGUUAUCCCUGUCACCAAACCGUGUUUAUUUGACACCAAACCCUGUUGUCACUUACACCAAACUCUGUCACAUGACAACCUUGAAUAGAAAAAGGGGAUCCCACACACUUGCAGGGCCGAUUAGAUUCUGUCAUUUAAGUUUUUAAAUCGUCAUUCUUAUACUACAGUAUUAUAACACAUUGUUAUAAUACAUAUUUACUUUGAACAUCAUACACCAAUAUAACUCAGUGUGCGCCAUGGAGUAAUGUUCUAAAGGUAUGCUACAUAAGUUAUAACAAAGACCACAAUGGUAUUACACAAAGACUUCAUUGAGGUUUGCACCUCCAAGCCGUUGCCUCAAUACAGGUACUAUAAUUAUGUUGACUUUGGCUCAUAGUGCGAGUAUACACUGAAGUCUUCCCUGACUAUUUUGGCGCUGAGAAUGACAACAAAUAGUCCCAGUGCGCCCGCAGACCGCACGGUGCAUCCUACCAGGCGAUAGAACCCAGCCAGAGAACGGUCGAUUGUGUUUUACAAGCACGCUUUAAAUCUCUGGUUUCUUCCACGUGGUUUGAAACUUUUAUCAAUAUGAUCUCACUGACUGCAAGCAUUGUUCGUGUACCACUGCAAUCCCCAGUCUCCAGUUAUGUUAUCAGGCGUUGUCGCUGAGAUUGUCAAACUGGAAGAGAGAGAAAGAACGGCGGCUUAACUUCCGUUUCAACAUAGUUCGAUCAACAACAGUGCAGACGUGUGUAUAAACCAAUUCCCACUCUUCACCGUCAUUAAUACAAGAGUCGAGACGUGAUUCUUUUCUUGCUUAAUUUGUUUUGUUUGUUAAUAGCUUUGAAAAUAGACGAGCUUUAUACAAGGCUUUCUUCCCAGUCCUGUCUAUAUACAAGGCUUUCUUCCCAGUCCUGUCUAUAUACCGGGUUUAUUUCCGCUCCUCUCUACCGGGUUCAAUGCCUGUCCUCUCUACCGGGUUUAUUGCCUGUCCUCUCUACCGGGUUCAUUCCCUGUCCUCUCUACUGGGUUCAUUCCCUGUCCUCUCUACCGGGUUUAUUCCUUGUACUGUCUACCGGUUUUAUUCCCAGUACUGUCUACCGGGUUUAAAUACAAUGCGUCUGUUUCCUGGUAUCUGCUCUUACUACUAGUAGAAGAAUUUAACAAAAGAGAACAAGCGUAGACCACCCUGACAUCACUGUUAUAGCUGGAAUAGGCCCCCCCCCCCCCCCCCCCCCCCCCCCCCCCCUUUUUUUUUUUUUUUUUUCCCCCCCCCCCCCCCCCCGACCCCACCCACUACGUUUUGUAUAUUUAGCUGAGAUUUAGUGCAUCCACUGUGCAUGCAGUGUAUCUCAUUUUUGUAAAACCUUUACAAGAUACUCAAUCCAUGUCAAUAGUCAGUUCUUCUCGAUGACCUUAAAUAUUUUCAUUUGACAUAUAAUUAUUUAUGGGAUGUGCAGCAGCGCCUGGUCCAUCUUAGUUUUGUAAUAAAAUAUAUCUGAAGUCCACCAGACUACCCGCCCAAUCCCUUCCACAACCUCCCGUUCCUCCAAGCCCACCCCAUCCCUCCCACCACCCCAUCCCUUCCACCACCCCUUCCUUCCCACCCAGCUAUUCAUUCCCUGUCCAUGUAAUGCCUGAUGUAAAACGCCCUGUCAAUGUUUAUAGACAAAAUGUUUACCAAUGUAAUAGGUGUCACCGUAAUUCGCCGGUUCUGGUAGCGGAAAUUCCCUUAACAUUAACGGCCUUUGAUUGGCUCUCUCUCGUGACUGCUUUUAACCCUUUACAUUCCUUGGCGGUAACGUCCAAGCAACUCUCUCUCUCUCUCUCUCUCUCUCUCUCUCUUCAUCUCUCUCUCUCUCUUCCUCUCUCUCUCUCUCUCUUCCUCUCUCUCUCUCUCUUCCUCUCUCUCUCUCUCUCUUCAUCUCUCUCUCUCUUUCUCUCUCUCUCUCUCUCUCUCUCUCUCUCUCUCUCUCUCUCUCUCAAAAUUCCCUUAACAUUAUCGGCCUUUGAUUGGCUCUCUCUCGUGACUGCUUUUAUCCCUUUACAUUCCUCGGCGGUAACGUCCAAGCAACUCUCUCUCUCUCUCUCUCUCUCUCUCUCUUCAUCUCUCUCUCUCUCUUCAUCUCUCUCUCUCUCUUCAUCUCUCUCUCUCUCUUCAUCUCUCUCUCUCUCUCUUCAUCACUCUCUCUCUUCAUCUCUCUCUCUAUCUCUCUCUGUCUCUGUCUCUCUCUAUCUCUCGCUCUCUCUGUCUUUCUCUCUCUCUCUCUUUUCUUUCUAUCUCUUUCUCUCUCUUUUUCUCUCUUUUCUUUCUCUCUCUCUCUUUUUCUUUAUAUAUCUCUCUCUCUCUCUUUCUCUCUCUCUAUCUCUCACCACCAAUAAGUGCUUGCUUUCAAUCAUUUAUAAAAAUACCAUGUGAAAAUCUUGUACAUGCCCAGUCGAGUGACCGCACGCCGCACUUGAACAUGAUCAUCAGUUGGAACGGUUGUUCAUGAUCGUAUAUUUGAUGUGCUCUUUAAGCAUAUCAUCGCUUAAAUGAAGACAAUAUCACGUGACCAUAUCAACAGAGACCACGUGACGAUCACUUCCAUGAUAUUAUAGACAACAAGGAGGACAGUGUCCGACCUUUUUUUUUACAAAGAGUCUCGAUGCAAAGUGACCUGUCUUUAUGCGUUAAGACAUAAAUUGAUACUGUUGGAGAAAAAAAAGAUGCACUGUUAUUAUAUUGUGCAAACGUUAUGUACCCACGCAUAAUUAUAUUUAAUUAUAUUUCUCUAGAGCGGCAGUUCUAAACCUGUGGGUUGCGACCCCUUAGGAGGUCGAACGACCCUUUCCCAGGGGUCGCCUAAGACCAUCGGAAAACACAUAUACUUUACAGUUAUGAAGUAACAACGAAAACAAUUUUGUGGUUGGGGGUCGCGACAAUAUGAGAAAGUGUAAUAAAGGGUCGCGGUAUUAGGAAGGUUGAGAACCACUGCUCUAGAACCAAAUUAUUUUCUAAUCUGAUGUUUGACUCGUCGACCCAGCUGAAAACCAAGCUCCGUGAUCCCAUAGGUUGGGACCCAGGGAUGUUGAGCAGUUCACGCGUUGUAACUCUUGUGUCCAGUCGUUGAUGCUCUUGGUUGUUCGGUUACAGCCUGCAUGGAUUCAGCUUCGUAAACAAGUUAACAUCCCUGUAUAAUUACAUUUGAUGGUCGAUUUUAAUAAGAGAAUAAUUAUUUGCCAAAUUAAAAGUUGUAAAUAUCUUAAAGAAGAUUUUCAAAAAUUAAUGUGGUGCAUUUGUAAACCACCGCAAGUGGUAGGGUGGGGUGAGGGGAGGGAUAACUGUUGAAUAAUUAUUUUUUUUUUGAAAGCUCACCGUUUUCAGGGUUCGUUUGAACAUCAAGGAUGUCAAACUGCCCGACAAGAGGUAAUCUCCCCGUAAUUAACCAUCUUCUCUUCGGCAAUGAGAUCGGAUUAUUUCCCGUGCAUUUACAAGGGUAAACACCUCGCUAUGUGGCAGUACUCUCUGGUCGCGGGUGAGUUGGGGGGGGGGGUUGCAAGGAGAGUGGCUUCAACUUUAUUUCAAAAAAAUAUAUAUAAAAGAAAACACGGGAGUUAAUUUAUGCCUAAAAGGCGGCAGAAGUCGGCUCGCUGGGUACCACGGGGCUGCCGGGCUUGGAAUAAUAAUAGCCCCAAUUUCACCCGAAGGAGCGCGCAACUCUAGGAGCAGGCUCAUCACGCAACCCCGGUCGCUCCCCCCCGGGCCACCCUUCACCGUCGGGAAGACGUUCGUUAAAAAACGGCACUCUCUCUCUCUCUGUCCCAGUGAAACAGCAUCGCGUCACCUGGCUUUCAUUAAGCAAUCAGCGCUGGCAUGGCCAACGUGUUGUCUUACCCCUCCCUCUCUUGCCUGCAGAGUUCCACUCACACAUUCACCACCUUCUGUAAUAGCCCGCGGAUUUCAAGAUUUCCCCGGCGCCAACUGAUCCGCUGCCCUGCUCGCGUUUUCGAGACGGGGCCUCCACCCCAUCUCUGGGGCCACGGCGUGUUCAUCAUUUGUUCAGCGUCGUGUCCUUAAGUUGCACACUUCAUCGCCGGGGCACGUAGUUGUCAUUUACACGCCAGCCAGUCGUGUGGCGUAACCUUCCAUUCCAAGCUUGUACAUAGCCGUACACCCGAUGACAUUUUAGCCCCUAGGUACAUCCGUCUCGUUUCAUUAAUGCACUGUGUAGUAUUAUUCUUUACCAUGUGUUAGCCGACCUUACCCUAGCUUCUGCACCAUAUCAGGAUGUCCUGGUUUAUAUACCUUAUCAGUAUGUGCUCGUUUUUACACCAUAUCAGUAUGUCCUAGUUUCUAUACCAUAUUAGUGUGUCCUAUUUUUUUUUAUACCAUAUCAGUAUGUCUUAGUUUCUAUAUACCUUAUCAGUGUGUCCUUGUUUCUAUACCAUAUCAGUAUGUCUUAGUUCAGGGGUCUCAUACUCAAAUCAUCGAGGGGCCGCAGGAGGUAGAGUCUGAGUGAGACUGGGCCGCAUCUAGUAUUCCACAAAAAAAACAAAAAAACAAAACAAAACAAAACGACGACAAAUUCAGUUAAGUCCAACUGUUACAAUCUGCUCAACCUUUGUUAAUAACAAAUUAAAACUUUAAGGGUUCUCAUGAACUAGGCUUCACUUUCUUCUUCCUUCUCCUUUUUGCCAGAAACUUGCAAGCGCUUCUUCUUACACAGCUGAGCAACAUUCGGCUUACAUGAGGAAGCAACUGAGACCCUCAGUAUAGCUUGAAGAUGCUCAUCAGUAAGUUUGGACCUGAGCUUUGACUUGUUGAAGUUCAUAGUGGAAAAGAGCUUUUCACUCAGAUAAUUACUCCCCCAAAAAAGGCACACGAUCCGCAUGAACAACCUGGAAAUCUCAGGGAAGGUGGAGGGCAAUGCUCUCAUAAAUUGUCAUGCUUGUCUGUUUUUCCAUUCACCUGCCUGAACUUAAAAUUGUGCUGAAGAUCAAUCAGCUCCAUUUGAAGCGCAAGUUGGGGGGGGGGGGCAUCUUCCACAUUAAAGGAGAAAGGGUCAGCACAAAAUAGAAGGGUUGCUCUGUGUGUUUUGAGGUAGUGGAGGGCAAUGCUCUCAUAAAUUGUCAUGCUUGUCUGUUUUUCCAUUCACCUGCCUGAACUUAAAAUUGUGCUGAAGAUCAAUCAGCUCCAUUUGAAGCGCAAGUUGGGGGGGGGGGGGCAUCUUCCACAUUAAAGGAGAAAGGGUCAGCACAAAAUAGAAAGGUUGCUCUGUGUGUUUUGAAGUCUAAAAACACGUGAUCAAAUUCUUCCUGUAGCUUUGCGAUAGCAUCAGUAUACUUACUACUGAAUGGUGUGCCGGAGUCCAUGAGUACUUUGCUUGUAAGGGAAAUGGCACCAUAAAACGCGUUUUGUCAUAGGCAACACUGACGUGCUACACCUGGUUGUAUAACUUCUUGUUGAGUAUAACAUUCAGCUCCUGGAUGAUGUCACCAAGAAGAGCCAAGUUCAUGAGCCAUCACGGAUCACAUUUUAGAGGAAUAACCACCUCAUUCUUCUGCAUGAAGGCUUUCAAUUUUAAAACGUGUUCAAACAGAGGGCAGGAGCAGGCAAUAUUGAUCAAUUAUUGAUGCGAAGGAAGAUGUUACUGUAGGGAGGAGGAAUUUUGAUUAAUUAAUUAUUUUUUUUGGUCGUGGAAAAGGCCUUUUGACUAACCCUAAUUUGAAAGUGACCAUGGUGACAGGCUCGGAAUGUCUCUCACUCGUACACACAAGCGGCAAUUUUUAUUCAGAUUCUUUGAAACUUUGUCAAUUUUCUACGAAUUACACAAUUAUGGUUGUGCAUUACCCACAAACUGACAUUUUAAACUUUUCUUAUAACCGCACUUUGGCCGCCAUAUUUGUCUCAUAAAAUGCAAUAAAAUAAAAAACUUUUAGUCUGAUUUUAAAACUUUUUUUUGCCAUUAUAAUCAACGUCCAAACCUAAACAAACAUCUAAAAAAUCAGAAUUAGAUUAGUCGGUGAGAUUCGACUGAAACCGUCGCAGAGAGUCACAUUAUAGAUAUGAGAAUGGGGAAAACGCGCGGCCGAAUUAACACUAAACUUUGCUGUCAUGUAGCGGGCCGCAAAAUAUCGUCUUGCGGGCCGAAGAUGGCCCGCAGGCCGCGAGUUUGAGAUCCCUGUCCUAGUUUCUUUACCAUUUCAGUAUGUCCUAGUUUCUAUACAUCAGUACGUCCUAGUUUCUAUACCUUAUCAGUAUGUCCAAGUUUCUAUACCAAAUAAGCAUGUCCUAGUUUCUAUACCAUAUCAGUAUGUCCUAGUUUCUAUACCAAAUCAGCAUGUCCUAGUUUUUAGACCAUAUCGGUAUGUGCUAGUUUUUUAGACCAUAUUGGUAUGUGCUCGUUUUUAGACCAUAUCGGUAUGUGCUAGUUUUUAGACCAUAUCAAUAUCGGUAUGUGCUAGUUUUUAGACCAUAUCGGUAUGUGCUAGUUUUUAGACCAUAUCGGUAUGUGCUAGUUUUUAGACCAUAUCAGUACGUCCUAUCCUAGAGUCUAUCAACAUGAACAGAUUUUGUGUGUUCUUGAGUUGAAUGAACCUCGUUCUUCCUAUUACUAUUGCCCUGGUUUGAAAGGAAAUUAAUAGUUUAUUGCGUUGUGUUGACAUGACAAUUUGAAUUCUCCCGAUGUCAUUAUAGUCAAAGUUUUGAUGACCCUCUAGCGUCAACGACAUCAUGCUGAGACUGAGUCUGAUAGACUAGGCACUCUAAGCUGAGCAUAGUGGUGAAAUCAUUGUGGAUUGAAUGUUAUUAUGAAAUCCUCCCUCCCCCGGGCCAUGCGCCCCCCCUCCCCCCGUUUGUCCACCACUUCCCGUUUCUUGUCACGCGGUAACGAAUCAGUUGAUUAGCACCACAUGUGGUUUUCUUCAAGGACAUCGGGUCAGAUCCAAUUAUUGAAACCUAAAUGUUCUACUUCUACAUUUAAAUAAUAACGUAUGAAUACAUUGUCUAUUCACGCUUGCCACAAUACAUAAAGUUUGGAGAAGUCACAACAGUAUUCUUAAGUGAAGUCAAGCCCUAACCUUUAAGAGCGCAAGUUAGUUGUGAGGUUGGUAGAAGUCUUCUCACUGUGGUCGCCCGUGUGUGGUCCCGUGAAGGUGUGGUGAACAGGCUGGGAAAUAGAAGACAAAGGGGGAUGACUGCUACAGUAAUAACCAACUUGGUCUCCACAUGUUGCCUCCCCUCGCUCCUAACAUGUACACGUUUUCCACUAUUAUUUUUUUCCCGCCCCGCGCCCCCACUCCCCAAACACCGUGGCACCCUAAUCUCGACGCUAUUGGCCGUAUCCCCUGUCGGUCUGUGUUGAUGCAAGGAUAUAAGCAACACAUUCAGACAGCCCAGGUCCCAUGUCUAACCCCAGUUUACAACAAGAAAAACAAAUGCAGGGCUGGGAAGCGAAAAAGGGGGGGGGCGUGGGGGGCAACUGCCCGUUCGAUCAUUUGUGGGGGGUAAGGGAGUAUGGUCGUGGUCUUAGUGACUCAUGUUGAUAUCACUGUAACAAUUGUCGCAUUGUAGAAUGUAGCAACAUGUGAUAAAAUCACAGGUUUAAAUAUAUUAUUUUUAAAAACCAAAUUCUCAUUAAAAUUUGUCCUGUUAAUAUUAAAAGCUGACCAAAUAUGACGUCACAUGUCGGGGCCCUAAUUGUAUCCACACGACGUCACUAACCAAUCUACUGAAAUAUUACAUUUAUGAUUUGCUAUCUUUCAUGUUUAUAGACAGAAUACAUUUUGACAUCAUUGAUAUAAGUCUCCGCGUUCAAAUCUAUUUGUAAAGAAAUAAUGUAAUACGUUAAGUCAAAUGUUAAGUCGCUGACUACACAAGGACGCAACGCACUGUGUUAAACUCUAUCAACCGUGAACCAUGGUGGCAAGAGUUAUAGAGGUAACCCAGUUGUGCCCCGUUUGACCCUUCCCCCCUCAGGUCCUCAUCGAUUGUGCUGUUAAGCUUCUGACCCUAAUUCCGUUAUUACAAUUUCUUGAUUUUCAAUAAUCAGGCCCCUAGUAUGGCAGGAUGGGACAAAUGAUGUAGAGAGACUAGAGAGUCCUCUCUGGACAUAGACAAAACGGUGUACUGCAAAACUAAGUGUUUUAACUUGUCGGUGUUUCUCGGUAAAUGUGCAAUUUGGGUAAUUCUACUCCAAACACGUCACGUGGUAUGGACGAUUUUCCCGCCGUAAAUGACGAACGCAUCCGUGCUCCUGGCUGUAGACCUGUAGUAAAUAAGUUCUCACUUAGCAGCUCCCCGUUCCUUGUCUCGGUUCUUGGUUGAAUAGAAGCCAUCUGCUCGACGCAGAUAUGAAAGAAAAAUAUGGUAUUUAUAAAUCACUGCAAAUUUAAGUUUAAAAGUCACUUUAAAUUAAACGAACCACAAAAACCAGAGUUUUUCGUAUCAAUUCUUCACGUGCAUUUUUCUUUUAGCUUUAUCUAACUGUACGUGAUUGGUCAUUUACUAAGAAGCGGUUAAGUAAAUGGGUCAACUUCUGGCGAAAACACGUUUCAUAUUUCCUUCAUUUUCUCCUUUAAAAAUCGAUUUUUAUUUUUACUGCAUACCGAAAUACGUCACAAAUACAAAGCACAUAGCAACAGCUACACAAUUAAUCUCCACACCAAAAUACGAAACCAUUGAACAAAUUAUUACUUCACUCACCUUCCCCUUGAAAAACAGGAAAAACAGAUUUUUGGGUGUUGGGGGUGAGGCUGAAAAUUUAAUAACAUGUUGUCAUCGGCAACGAGCCCAUGGGACAAGUUUCAGCUCGAUAGGUUGACGAGAAGUGGGUCAAUUAGGCUUUCAAAUAUUUUGCCACAAAGCCAGAAAGUAACACACGAACAAGAGCGAAGUUAAUAUAAAGGAUUUAAAAAUAGGUUGGACAUAUUUUUUUUAAAAUAAGAAGGAAAAAAAAAAAAAAGGAAAAUCUAUCUCAGUUUUUAAAAAGCGUCAAGAUAUUUCAAAUAUUUUACGACAAAGCAAAAAAGAAACACACGAAAAAAAGGAAAGUUAAUAUAAAGGAUUUAAAAAAAGGUUGGAAAUAUUUUUUUUAAAAAAAAAAGGAAAAAAAAAAAAAAAAGGAAAAUCUAUCUCAGUUUUUAAAAAGCGUCAAGAUUUGGUUUGAUCAAAUUUGUAUGCUACAUCUUUCUUGCCUUUGACGCUACACUUCUAGGCGAGUGUGGUAUUUGAAUUUAAAGCACGUGAAUUUUUUUAUUAUUAUUUUUUUUUUUUACAUCUUUCUAAAUCCUUUGAUGGGAUUAUUGUGUCCUUAUCAGAUGACCCGAAGAUGUGCGAACCUGAGACAGGACCAUCAGGACUGCGGUAUAUCAUCUGGCGUGUGCCGCGAUACACCGUCUAACACAGAGUAGCUCGUUUGCGAUGCUCCAAACAUGCUACAAAUAAAUUGUUGCCGGCCGGGCCGGGUCAUGUGAUCUCCUGUGACCAGCCAGGAAUCCACCGACGGCCCCCCUAUGCUUCUGUGGAGCUGUCAGCGUCCCCAGUGCUGGGGGAAUACCCGGCCUGACAUUCCUGGACGUCCUGAAGCUCUCACGGGUGACGACGGCCAAAAGAUGACGUAUAGGUUCACUGGUGGAUCUGUCACCACAUACUCAUGUAGAAGGAUAUUUAUAACUGUAGUCCCGUGCUCGGGGGUGCAAACUCUAAACCAAGGCAGUCCCUGAAACCCAGGGCAAAGGUUUGCUACCUCCUAUGGCUGAGAUGGGUGCAUUUUUUUUUAUGUGGUGAAAAUACCCGCGGGUACGAGUGGCUACAAUAGAUUUAAAGAAAAAAAAAGAGUUAUCUUGUGAUUUUCUCAAAUGUUUUCCACCCAAAUUGCAUGCAUAGAACCACUAGCGCUCAAGAAGGCAUCAAACUUGAAGGCUUACAAUAACAGCUGAAUAAUUUUAUCCUAACCCAGCGGUUCUCAACCUUUUUAAUGCCGCGACCCCUUUAAUGGUGUCUACUUUGAUGUACCACAAUUUUUUAAGGUCCCCGUGAAACGACAUUUCAUGUCAUACGUUCAUACAUUUAUAGCAUUGCAAAAUGAGGCCUUUUAAACGUGCAUUUAACAUUUAAAAACUUACUUUUGUAAAACCGCAACACGACACGAGACCAACAUGUUUAGAACCGCUCGCUGAAAUAAUUAAGUAUUCUUACGAGGCCAACAUGUUUAGAACCGCUUGCUGAACUAAUUGAGUAAAAAUACGAGGCCAACAUGUUUAGAACCGCUUGCUGAACUAAUUAAGUAUUCCCACGAGGGCAAUAUGUUUAGAACCGCUUGCUGAACUAAUGAAGUAUUCUUGCACCAUUGUCUUAGCUGGUAAAUAUAAUAAAGAGACGAAGAACGCACUUCCUGACACUCCGCAGAGACUAAAUUAAAUACAUUCCCCACUUUCUCAUUGUCCAAUUAGUAACCCUGCGUUGAUGAUGCGGAAGGGGGGGGGGUGGGGUGAGAACUGGGUUAAGCUCAGUUCGUUGGUUUAUUAUUAUUAUAAUUAUUAUUAUUAUUAUUUUUAUGUAGGGUCACGUGGUCAAUAAUAAACUAAGGUGAAUUUGGAGGUGGGGGGAGGAGGGAUGAAGAGCGUAGGUCUUUUUUUUGUCGCGGUGUCGAUGCUUGAAUUUGAAUGAAAGUUUGUUAGUAACAAAUAAAUUUGAGCUUUAUUGAAUGUCUAUAGACCCGAUUGAUAACGUUAUUGGCUGGAUUUAGAGUUGAAUACCAAAAAAGGUCGGCGUAGUGCAUACUCCUUGUCGAUAGAGUAGCGUCAGAAAUGCGAAGAUGUCGUUUGAGCUCAGAUUCGUCCACUGAAGUUUUAUUGGGUUAAAUGAACUUAAAUCUCUGAUAAUGGUGCACACCGGGAUAGGCUACUUGGUGUACCAGAGCGCCCCUUUCAAUCCCAUUUUGAGACUGAUGUAUCCUAGCGUCCCGGUCCCCUUUUUUUCUUAGUUUGGGACUCGGUGAACCCGAACUUCCCUUUCAACCUCGGAUUGAGACUCCUUGUCCCCGAGCGUCACUUGCAAUCUCAUUUUGAGACUUCUUAUACCGGAGCGCCCCUUUCAACACCGACUGCUUGUACCCGAGUGUCCCUUUCAACCCCAGUUUGAGAAUCAUUGUACCAGAGUGUCCCUUUCAACCCCAGUUUGAGACUCUUUGUACCCUAUUGUCCCUUUCACCCCCGGUUUGAGACUCCUUGUACCCGAGUGUCCCUUUCAACCCCAGUUUGAGACUCCUUGUACCCUAGUGUCCCUUUCACCCCGGGUUGGAGACUCCUUUUACCGGAGCGUCCCUUUCAAUUUCGGUUUGACACUCCUUGUACCGGAGUGUCCCUUUCAACCCCCGGUUUGAGACCCCUUGUACCGGAGUGUCCCGGCUCCCGUUAAACUGUGCUGGCAUCAUCCACCCCCAAAACAUGAUUAAAAUGGAGUAGAAUUAUGUCUAGCGAGUUGGGUCAGGCCCAUCGUUUGAUGCUCACCUCGUCCCGUAAUGAAGGCGAACUCUUCGUAACUGGUUGUAUCACAUCUAUGUGUCGCCGGCCCAGUGGGCUGGCUCAACUUCUAUGGAACGUCAAAUUGAACAUUAAACCGCCUCCAUGUGUUGAAUUAAAGCUCAGCCCGCGAGGUUAUCUUUUCUAGCCAGAUUACCUUGCCUCCUUAUCUCCAAGGACAUCGCGGACCAACACUUGCAAUGGAAAUAUCACUUCAACAUUUGUUGUGUGGGCGCUCUCUUAACUUCUUUUCAAUUUCAACAGUAAAUAUAACAUUAUUUUUCUUCGGACCACUGACACUUUUAACAUUUCUCUUCGAUUGCCAUUGUAGGCACUUGAAUAUCGAUAUUUUCUUGAACCUCUUUCCAUUGUCCAAGAGUGCUGACAUUAGAUCUGGAUCUUAACAUGAAUCCUCGUCAAGGAAUUUCUAUUAGCAAAGCAGUUUGAACAGUUAUAAACAUGAAUACCAUAAUAAGUAACUAUACAACCCGUAGGUUGUAGUAACCAUAAUCUGACACAAUAAUGACCAAAUAACUUUGGUGUUUAAGCCGGGGAAAGAAUCCUUGUUAAAUUUGGUGGAAAAUCAAAUUAGAAAUUGUUUCCCUUGACCUAAUUGAGCCCUAACACAUUGUUUCAAAUCAAUGAUAACAAAUGUUUAUUUUCAUUACUUUUUAAAUGCGUACGUUAUAAAAGCAGGUUUAAUUAUUUAAAUUAAACAUUAUAAAAAGUAACGUUUUGCUCCAUUAAAAAGAAAUUGAAGGUGUCUUUUGUCGCUUUAUAUAAAAUCUUUUCAGUCUUUGCAUGCAACUUUUGUCAGGAUAUUUCAUUUAAAUUGAUUUUAAAAAUUAGUAAAUGUUUACAAUCCUGGUAUACAAAACAAAAGAAACUUUUUAAAUUUUUUUUUACAAUUUCUUCCUAAAGUUGUCGGCUCCGCAAGUCCAUCCGUCAUAGUGCGGGUACCGUGAACUCGCGUGGCUAGGAAAAGUAACCCCGGGCCGGGUUUGUCUAAUGGCUCCCGUCUAGUCGCCUCGCUCAGGCCCCCCCGCCCCUCUUAUUUGAACAAUUUCAUAAAUCCCGUUAGCUGCUCACGCUGCGAUCAAAUGAGGGCGAGACUUUGUGAGUAGUCCAUCUCACCGAGCCGCGACCCACGCGCCAAUCUUCCCUCUAAUCAUAGUCAGGUGGCCUCCCUUUUCUUCCCGGCGCUUUCGGGAUUUUUUCGUUAGCAAACAUCUCGGCGGAGAAAGAAGCCGCGGAGACUUUAGCCUUGAAAACAGUUUUUUUUGUGAAAAAUGUUUGCAGAUGAAAUAAUCAGUUUACAUAGUCGUAUUAAAAUGAAGGUUUCUUUUUAUAGUGAACGGAGCCUUCAGAUCCGCGCGACACUGCUGCGAGCGCUGCUCGGGACUCGCUAUUACGCGCCGGGGUGAGCUUUAAACAAAACGUAUUUAUUCGUCUGACAAGCCGACAUUAAGCGAGGUAAAAGCCACAUUAAGCUGCAGCGGGCUUACUCCGUGAACUUGGGACGUAAGAGCACUUACCCCAGAGUGUUGGAGGUGGGGGUGUGAGGGAGAGGUCUGGAGUUCAGGGCCGUGGUGGUGCGAACAGUGUGGUGAGGAUAUUUAGUUCAAGUAUUGAAUAGUAGACACACAGAGUGGUGGAGGGAGAUCUCCAGCGUGCCGCUUCGUGGCCCGAUACUCAAGCUUAAGGGGAGAGCACAAGCUCGACGGCUACCUGACGCCAUUCCCUGAAUUUUUUAUUUUAGUGGUCAGAUGAUGUGGAUUUUUAAAUGUAUGGUCAAUAGAAAGAAUUAUUUUAUAUGACUGGUCAGUAGAAAGCAGAUUUUAAAUGACAGUUGAGUAUAUUGCUCAGCUUGUAGAAUAUUUGUUUUUGUUUAUAAAACUGUGUUGGUUGAAUGUUCGUUAGUAGAUAAUUAUUCUUGCCGAUCGUAAUUCUGUUGGUAUAUUUUCACUGGUUGCCCAGUCAGUAGGUAUUAGUUUUGUAACUAGUCGGUUAAUAGAUCCUUUUUUUUUUUUUUUUUUUAAUUGGUCUUUUUCAUUAAAGUUUUUUAAAGCUCUGUUUGACCGGAAUGCCGAUCGUAAUUCUGUUGGUAUAUUUUCACUGGUUGCCCAGUCAGUAGGUAUUAGUUUUGUAACUAGUCGGUUAAUAGAUCCUUUUUUUUUUUUUUUUUAAAUGGUCUGUAUCAGUAAAGUUAUUUAAAGCUCUGGUUGACCGGAAGAGACACGGGAACCUGGCCAUCACGUCCGACGCUUAAAAGAUAACUUCUGAGGAUUUGAUUGUUAAGUAGAUAGCCACCAGACGUCUGUGGCUACCUUAGUUAGUAGAUAGCCAUAGGCCGUCUGUGUCUACCUUGGUCAGUAGAUUCCCUUCAGCCGUCUGCGACUACCUUGGUCAGCUCUGUAGCUACCUUGGUCAGUAGAUAGCCAUCGGCCGUCUGUGGGUACCUUGGUCAGUAGAUUCCAAUCAGCCGUCUGGUGCUACCUUGGUCAGUAGAUUCCCAUCAACCGCGUGUGGCUACCUUGGUCAGUAGAUUCCCAUCAGCCGUCUGUGGCUACCUAGGUCAGUAGAUUCCCAUCAGCUGUCUGUGGCUACCUUGGUCAGUAGAUUCCCAUCAACCGUGUGUGGCUACCUUGGUCAGUAGAUUCCCAUCAGCCGUCUGUGGCUACCUUGGUCAGUAGAUUCCCAUCAGCCGUCUGUGGCUACCUUGGUCAGUAGAUUCCCAUCAGCCGUCUGGUGCUACCUUGGUCAGUAGAUUCCCAUCAGCCGUCUGUGGCUACCUUGGUCAGUAGAUUCCCAUCAGCCGUCUGUGGCUACCUUGGUCAGUAGAUUCCCAUCAGCCGUCUGUGGCUACCUUGGUCAGUAGAUUCCCAUCAGCCGUCUGUGGCUACCUUGGUCAGUAGAUUCCCAUCAGCCGUCUGUGGCUACCUUGGUCAGUAGAUUCCCAUCAGCCGUCUGGUGCUACCUUGGUCAGUAGAUUCCCAUCAGCCGUCUGUGGCUACCUUGGUCAGUAGAUUCCCAUCAGCCGUCUGGUGCUACCUUGGUCAGUAGAUUCCCAUCAGCCGUCUGUGGCUACCUUGGUCAGUAGAUUCCCAUCAGCCGUCUGUGGCUACCUUGCAUCAGUCGUUAGCGGCUUCAUUGGUCAACUAGUGUUUUAUUAUGACUGUAAAUCUGCUUCACUGACAGCAUACAGUAUGCUCAAUCAAAGGCGCCGUCCAUUUAUUAGCCUGCUUAACGGAAUAAAAUUCCGGUCUUACAGGAGAAAAUGAAGAAAAUUUCAAAGGGAGCCAAAUCUCAAUCAGUUUGGUAUUCACUCUCUUUGAUAAGCAGCGCAGACGAUUUCUUAGGAAAUCUAGCUCAAAUAAACCGCCAUCAUUCCGCCAUAACGACACGCCCCCUGCCGGCAGCUUUUGGAGUCGUAAGAGUUAGCGUUCCGGGGGUCCCCGCUCUGUAAAGCCAUUACUUACGCGACAGGUGUGCUUACCGCCCCUUGCCGGAAGAGGAGCGAAUGUCUAGUUUAACGUGAUGUACAUGGCCGCAAAAUUUCCAUUCCAAGAUUCGGCAACAUGGCGACUGCGAAAAUGUGAUUUCCUUGGUAAGGUAAAAAUCUGCCAAAACCAUCAGGCUGAUCUCAGUGGUCAGUGUACGCCAUGACAUCAAGACACAUGGGCGUAAUGCAGCAUUUAUAGCGGUGGGCGUUCUCUCAACAUAGGGCUGGUUGAUGUAACAAUUGUAAUGAAAAAUCCACUCUGUACAAUUUCAUGUGGUUUGACAAUCAAUCCACUUUGAAUAACGCGACAUCGCUCUGCAACUUACGGUUGUGAGUUUAUGCGGAACGGACAACCCCCCCCCCCCCAACUGGUGUUGUUCAUUAAAUUAUUUUAGCUUUUCCGGCGCGGGUUGACUCGGUAUAGGUUCGGGUUGGCUUGGUAUAGGUUCGCGUUAGCUCGGUAUAGGUUCGGGUUGGCUCGGUAUAGGCUCGGGUUGGCUCGGUAUAGGCUCGGGUGGGCUUGGUAUAGGCUAGGGUUGGCUUGGUGUAGGUUCGGGUAGCGUGUUGUGGCAGCAGGUGUGCGUCAUACGGGGUGUAGGUUGUCUUCUCAUGGACAGGUUGACGUAGGACAGCACCAGUUUCUUAAGCGUUAACCUAUGAACCUGACCACGCUGCCCUCGUUAGCACGUGUCAACGAUGUCAAGUCUGUGUUGAUCUGCCUUCAGAAUGUGUCGGCCGGUCUCAGACAUCUCUCACGCUUCUAUCUUAUUCCAUUUCAGGAGAACCCGGCCCUCAUCAACGAACUGAGAGCCGAUGUGCGGGAAGAGUGUCAGAAGUUUGGAGACGUCAAGAAAGUCUUCCUCUAUGAUGUAAGUCCAUGUCAUCUUCUUAUGCUUCAGCUUGUACGUUGUUUUUUUCUCUAUACAUUCAGUUUUAACCAUUUAUAUAAUUUAUUAUGAGCAACAGACCUGUUUACCCCUACGCUUUCGUCGCAGUAACUACGGUUUUGAGAGCCGAAAACGACUGUGACUCCAAGCCAGUGGUAAACAGGUCUGGGGCCAGGAACCUUUCUUUCUGGUAGGAAUAAAACAGGGUUUUAAUGAGUCCUGUUCAGUUAUUGCUGCCUUGCUAUUUAAGGUUAAAAACACCCAACUGUCAUCCGCGUGUGGUACUGAAUCUGUUCAACAUGACAUUCUCAAGGCGGCCCACGUCGGGGGUCAAAGCUCGUGGUCUCGGUGCAGUGUCGGUGUUUCUCGAACAUCGACUCCAAUUUUCAGAACGCACCGCUUCAUUUCGUGUCACACGGAUGUUGUUGGGUCUGUCUGUCUUUCGCGUGGGCGUUGUUGGGUCUGUCUGUCUUUCGCGUGGAUGUUGUUGGGUCUGCCUGCCCGCACGUUAACACGACCUCCCAGAUAACUGUCCGUGUCCGGGAGCUACCCCUCCUUUAUCCCCGGAACUGACAGGUGAUCAGUUUGGAUGCUCCCCCGCCACGGACAAUCUAAAUGAAAGCCGCUGAGAGACCUUUGGUCACGUCUGCAUUCACGACUCUGGAAUUUUUUAUUCAACAACAUUUUAAAAUAAAGGGAUCCUUAGUCUUAAAAGCACACCCCCUUUAUUAGGGAGAAAGAUAAAGAUAAUAAAAGUAAACGAAUUGGUCAAGCAAUUUUUCAGCUUAGAAUAUAUCUGAACUGCAACCGAAACACUUUGUUUCCUCAUUAUGCUGGGCUCACAGGUCCGAAACACUUUAUGUUUCCUCAUUAUGCUGGGAUCACAGGUCCGAAACACUUUAUGUUUCCUCAUUAUGCUGGGCUCACAGGCCCGAAACACUUUAUGUUUCCUCAUUAUGCUGGGCUCACAGGCCCGAAACACUUUAUGUUUCCUCAUUAUGCUGGGCGCACAGGUCCGAAACACUUUAUGUUUCCUCAUUAUGCUGGGCGCACAGGUCCGAAAAACUUUAUGUUUCUUCAUUAUGCUGGGCGCACAGGUCCGAAACACUUUAUGUUUCUUCAUUAUGCUGAGCGCACAGGCCCGAAACAGUUUAUGUUUCUUCAUUAUGCUGGGCGCACAGGUCCGAAACACUUUAUGUUUCUUCAUUAUGCUGAGCGCACAGGUCCGAAACACUUUAUGUUUCUUCAUUAUGCUGGGCUCACAGGUCCGAAACACUUUAUGUUUCUUCAUUAUGCUGGGCUCACAGGUCCGAAACACUUUAUGUUUCUUCAUUAUGCUGGGCUCACAGGCCCGAAACACUUUAUGUUUCUUCAUUAUGCUGGGCGCACAGGUCCGAAACACUUUAUGUUUGUUCAUUAUGCUGAGCGCACAGGUCCGAAACACUUUAUGGUUCUUCAUUAUGCUGGGCUCACAGGUCCGAAACACUUUAUGUUUCUUCAUUAUGCUGGUCUCAAAGGUCCGAAACACUUUAUGCUUCUUCAUUAUGCUGGGCUCACAGGUCCGAAACACUUUAUGUUUCUUCAUUAUGCUGAGCUCACAGGUCCGAAACACUUUAUGUUUCUUCAUUAUGCUGGGCGCACAGGUCCGAAACACUUUAUGUUUCUUCAUUAUGCUGGGCUCACAGGUCCGAAACACUUUAUGUUUCCUCAUUAUGCUGGGCUCACAGGUCCGAAACACUUUAUGUUUCUUCAUUAUUCUGGGCUCACAGGUCCGAAACACUUUAUGUUUCUUCAUUAUUCUGGGCUCACGCCAGGCUUUGUGAAAUACAAAGUUCAUUAUGCUGGGCUCACAGGUCCGAAACACUUUAUGUUUCUUCAUUAUGCUGGGCUCACAGGUCCGAAACACUUUAUGUUUCUUCAUUAUGCUGAGCUCACAGGUCCGAAACACUUUAUGUUUCUUCAUUAUGCUGGGCUCACAGGUCCGAAACACUUUAUGUUUCUUCAUUAUGCUGGGCUCACAGGUCCGAAACACUUUAUGUUUCUUCAUUAUGCUGAGCUCACAGGUCCGAAACACUUUAUGUUUCUUCAUUAUGCUGGGCUCACAGGUCCGAAACACUUUAUGUUUCUUCAUUAUGCUGGGCUCACAGGUCCGAAACACUUUAUGUUUCUUCAUUAUGCUGAGCGCACAGGUCCGAAACACUUUAUGGUUCUUCAUUAUGCUGGGCUCACAGGUCCGAAACACUUUAUGUUUCUUCAUUAUGCUGAGCGCACAGGUCCGAAACACUUUAUGUUUCUUCAUUAUGCUGUGCUCACAGGUCCUAAACACUUUAUGUUUCUUCAUUAUGCUGGGCUCACAGGUCCGAAACACUUUAUGUUUCUUCAUUAUGCUGGGCUCACAGGUCCGAAACACUUUAUGUUUCUUCAUUAUUCUGGGCUCACAGGUCCGAAACACUUUAUGUUUCUUCAUUAUGCUGGGCUCACAGGUCCGAAACACUUUAUGUUUCUUCAUUAUACAGGGCUCACAGGUCCGAAACACUUUAUGUUUCUUCAUUAUGCUGGGCUCACAGGUCCGAAACACUUUAUGUUUCUUCAUUAUGCUGGGCUCACAGGUCCGAAACACUUUAUGUUUCUUCAUUAUGCUGGGCUCACAGGUCCGAAACACUUUAUGUUUCUUCAUUAUGCUGGGCUCACAGGUCCGAAACACUUUAUGUUUCUUCAUUAUGCUGGGCUCACAGGUCCGAAACACUUUAUGUUUCUUCAUUAUGCUGGGCUCACAGGUCCGAAACACUUUAUGUUUCUUCAUUAUGCUGGGCUCACAGGUCCGAAACACUUUAUGUUUCUUCAUUAUGCUGGGCUCACAGGUCCGAAACACUUUAUGUUUCUUCAUUAUGCUGGGCUCACAGGUCCGAAACACUUUAUGUUUCUUCAUUAUGCUGGGCUCACAGGUCCGAAACACUUUAUGUUUCUUCAUUAUGCUGGGCUCACAGGUCCGAAACACUUUAUGUUUCUUCAUUAUGCUGGGCUCACAGGUCCGAAACACUUUAUGUUUCUUCAUUAUGCUGGGCUCACAGGUCCGAAACACUUUAUGUUUCUUCAUUAUGCUGGGCUCACAGGUCCGAAACACUUUAUGUUUCUUCAUUAUGCUGGGCUCACAGGUCCGAAACACUUUAUGUUUCUUCAUUAUGCUGGGCUCACAGGUCCGAAACACUUUAUGUUUCUUCAUUAUGCUGGGCUCACAGGUCCGAAACACUUUAUGUUUCUUCAUUAUGCUGGGCUCACAGGUCCGAAACACUUUAUGUUUCUUCAUUAUGCUGGGCUCACAGGUCCGAAACACUUUAUGUUUCUUCAUUAUGCUGGGCUCACAGGUCCGAAACACUUUAUGUUUCUUCAUUAUGCUGGGCUCACAGGUCCGAAACACUUUAUGUUUCUUCAUUAUGCUGGGCUCACAGGUCCGAAACACUUUAUGUUUCUUCAUUAUGCUGGGCUCACAGGUCCGAAACACUUUAUGUUUCUUCAUUAUGCUGGGCUCACAGGUCCGAAACACUUUAUGUUUCUUCAUUAUUCUGGGCUCACAGGUCCGAAACACUUUAUGUUUCUUCAUUAUUCUGGGCUCACGGGUCCGAAACACUUUAUGUUUCCUCAUUAUGCUGGGCUCACAUGUCCGAAACACUUUAUGUUUCUUCAUUAUGCUGAGCUUACAGGUCCGAAACACUUUAUGUUUCCUCAUUAUGCUGGGCUCACAGGUCCGAAACACUUUAUGUUUCUUCAUUAUGCUGGGUUCACAGGUCCGAAACACUUUAUGUUUCUUCAUUAUGCUGAGCUCACAGGUCCGAAACACUUUAUGUUUCCUCGUUAUGCUGGGCUCACAGGUCCGAAACACUUUAUGUUUCUUUAUAAUGCUGAGCUCACAGGUCCGAAACACUUUAUGUUUCCUCAUUAUGCUGGGCUCACAGGUCCAAAACACUUAAUGUUUCUUCAUUAUGCUGGGUUCACAGGUCCGAAACACUUUAUGUUUCUUCAUUAUGCUGAGCUCACAGGUCCGAAACACUUUAUGUUUCCUCAUUAUGCUGGACCCACAAGUCUGAAAAAAAGAAAUAAAAAAUUAUAAAAAAUCACAUAAAUGACCUCCACCCUGGUCAAUGAGAGUGGGGAUGACGUAUUUUCAGUUAAUUGUUUUCAUGCAAACAUCAGCAUUUGACGUGAUAUUUAUAUAUACCGGUAAAUUGUUUGAAACUAUCGAAACUAUAAUAUUUCCAUUGUCUCAUCAAAUCUUAUGAUAAUAUUUCCAGUGUCUCAUGAACUCUUCUAUUUCCAUUGUCUCACCAACUCUUCUAUUUCCAUUGUCUCACCAACUCUUCUAUUUCCAUUGUCUCAUCAACUCUUCUAUUUCCAUUGUCUCAUCAACUCUUCUAUUUCCAUUGUCUCAUCAACUCUUCUAUUUCCAUUGUCUCAUCAACUCUUCUAUUUCCAUUGUCUCAUCAACUCUUCUAUUUCCAUUGUCUCAUCAACUCUUCUAUUUCCAUUGUCUCAUCAACUCUUCUAUUUCCAUUGUCUCAUCAACUCUUCUAUUUCCAUUGUCUCAUCAACUCUUCUAUUUCCAUUGUCUCAUCAACUCUUCUAUUUCCAUUGUCUCAUCAACUCUUCUAUUUCCAUUGUCUCAUCAACUCUUCUAUUUCCAUUGUCUCAUCAACUCUUCUAUUUCCAUUGUCUCAUCAACUCUUCUAUUUCCAUUGUCUCAUCAACUCUUCUAUUUCCAUUGUCUCAUCAACUCUUCUAUUUCCAUUGUCUCAUCAACUCUUCUAUUUCCAUUGUCUCAUCAACUCUUCUAUUUCCAUUGUCUCAUCAACUCUUCUAUUUCCAUUGUCUCAUCAACUCUUCUAUUUCCAUUGUCUCAUCAACUCUUCUAUUUCCAUUGUCUCAUCAACUCUUCUAUUUCCAUUGUCUCAUCAACUCUUCUAUUUCCAUUGUCUCAUCAACUCUUCUAUUUCCAUUGUCUCAUCAACUCUUCUAUUUCCAUUGUCUCAUCAACUCUUCUAUUUCCAUUGUCUCAUCAACUCUUCUAUUUCCAUUGUCUCAUCAACUCUUCUAUUUCCAUUGUCUCAUCAACUCUUCUAUUUCCAUUGUCUCAUCAACUCUUCUAUUUCCAUUGUCUCAUCAACUCUUCUAUUUCCAUUGUCUCAUCAACUCUUCUAUUUCCAUUGUCUCAUCAACUCUUCUAUUUCCAUUGUCUCAUCAACUCUUCUAUUUCCAUUGUCUCAUCAACUCUUCUAUUUCCAUUGUCUCAUCAACUCUUCUAUUUCCAUUGUCUCAUCAACUCUUCUAUUUCCAUUGUCUCAUUAACUCUUCUAUUUCCAUUGUCUCAUUGACUCUUCUAUUUCCAUUGUCUCAUCAACUCUUCUAUUUCCAUUGUCUCAUCAACUCUUCUAUUUCCAUUGUCUCACCAACUCUUCUAUUUCCAUUGUCUCAUCAACUCUUCUAUUUCCAUUGUCUCAUCAACUCUUCUAUUUCCAUUGUCUCAUCAACUCUUCUAUUUCCAUUGUCUCAUCAACUCUUCUAUUUCCAUUAUCUCAUCAACUCUUCUAUUUCCAUUGUCUCAUCAACUCUUCUAUUUCCAUUGUCUCAUCAACUCUUCUAUUUCCAUUGUCUCAUCAACUCUUCUAUUUCCAUUGUCUCAUCAACUCUUCUAUUUCCAUUGUCUCAUUGACUCUUCUAUUUCCAUUGUCUCAUCAAAUCUUAUGUAAAUAUUUCCAUUGUCUCAUCAACUCUUCUAUUUCAAUUGUCGCAUCAACUCUUCUAUUUCCAUUGUCGCAUCAACUCUUCUAUUUCCAUUGUCUCAUCAACUCUUCUAUUUCCAUUGUCUCAUCAACUCUUCUAUUUCCAUUGUCUCAUUGACUCUUCUAUUUCCAUUGUCUCAUCAAAUCUUAUGUUAAUAUUUCCAUUGUCUCACCAACUCUUCUAUUUCCAUUAUCUCAUUAACUCUUCUAUUUCCAUUGUCUCAUCAAAUCUUAUGUUAAUAUUUCCAUUGUCUCAUCAACUCUUCUAUUUCCAUUAUCUCAUUAACUCUUCUAUUUCCAUUGUCUCAUCAAAUCUUCUAUUUCCAUUGUCUCAUUGACUCUUCUAUUUCCAUUGUCUCAUCAACUCUUCUAUUUCCAUUGUCUCAUCAAAUCUUAUGUUAAUAUUUCCAUUGUCUCACCAACUCUUCUAUUUCCAUUGUCUCAUCAACUCUUCUAUUUCCAUUGUCUCAUUGACUCUUCUAUUUCCAUUGUCUCAUCAACUCUUCUAUUUCCAUUGUCUCAUCAACUCUUCUAUUUCCAUUGUCUCAUCAACUCUUCUAUUUCCAUUGUCUCAUCAACUCUUCUAUUUCCAUUGUCUCAUCAACUCUUCUAUUUCCAUUGUCUCAUCAACUCUUCUAUUUCCAUUGUCUCAUCAACUCUUCUAUUUCCAUUGUCUCAUCAACUCUUCUAUUUCCAUUGUCUCAUCAACUCUUCUAUUUCCAUUGUCUCAUCAACUCUUCUAUUUCCAUUGUCUCAUCAACUCUUCUAUUUCCAUUGUCUCAUCAACUCUUCUAUUUCCAUUGUCUCAUCAACUCUUCUAUUUCCAUUGUCUCAUCAACUCUUCUAUUUCCAUUGUCUCAUCAACUCUUCUAUUUCCAUUGUCUCAUCAACUCUUCUAUUUCCAUUGUCUCAUCAACUCUUCUAUUUCCAUUGUCUCAUCAACUCUUCUAUUUCCAUUGUCUCAUCAACUCUUCUAUUUCCAUUGUCUCAUCAACUCUUCUAUUUCCAUUGUCUCAUCAACUCUUCUAUUUCCAUUGUCUCAUCAACUCUUCUAUUUCCAUUGUCUCAUCAACUCUUCUAUUUCCAUUGUCUCAUCAACUCUUCUAUUUCCAUUGUCUCAUCAACUCUUCUAUUUCCAUUGUCUCAUCAACUCUUCUAUUUCCAUUGUCUCAUCAACUCUUCUAUUUCCAUUGUCUCAUCAACUCUUCUAUUUCCAUUGUCUCAUCAACUCUUCUAUUUCCAUUGUCUCAUCAACUCUUCUAUUUCCAUUGUCUCAUCAACUCUUCUAUUUCCAUUGUCUCAUCAACUCUUCUAUUUCCAUUGUCUCAUCAACUCUUCUAUUUCCAUUGUCUCAUUGACUCUUCUAUUUCCAUUGUCUCAUCAACUCUUCUAUUUCCAUUGUCUCAUUGACUAUUCUAUUUCCAUUGUCUCAUUGACUCUUCUAUUUCCAUUGUCUCAACAAAUCUUAUGUUAAUAUUUCCAUUGUCUCAUCAACUCUUCUAUUUCCAUUGUCUCAUCAACUCUUCUAUUUCCAUUGUCUCAUUGACUCUUCUAUUUCCCAUCUUCCACAGAGAAACCCCGAAGGUGUCAUCUCCGUAACAUUCAAGGAGCCGGAAGAAGCCGACGCUUGUAUAGCUGCACUGAACGGGAGAUGGUUUGCUAAAAAUAGAGUUGUGGCUUUUACGCAUGACGGGAAAACCAAGUAUGACGUCGUCGAGACCGAGGAGGAGCGAGCCAAGAGGCUCAAAGAUUGGGAGGCGUUCUUGGAGGGCAAGAAGCGUAAAGAGGACGAGGCAGCGUGUGCCAAGGCAGCUGAGAGUGACGCAAGUUGUGGAUUCGAUGUCCAGUUGGGUGGUCAGUUGGAUACUGACCCAGAUACCCGAGACUCGGGGAUGGGUACUAGGAUUACUCAGCAGGAGAAAAACGAGACCUCAGUUGCCGGAGAAUCUGAUGAUGACACUGUAGGGCGUGAACAACGGAACAUUUCUGGUGUUGAUGUUGCUGGGAGGGGCUGUGGUAUAGAUGAUGCCCUCGGUGUGAGAGAUGCAAGCGUUGUCUCCACAUACACAGAACACGUCCCUGUGGGCGACAAUGAAGAUAUCAAUGCAAAGGAUGGUGGUGGCGACGAAGAUGAGAAUGUAAACGACGGUGGCGACAAUGAAGGUCAGAAUGUAAAGGAUGAUGGUGACGGUGAAGAUGAAAGCAUAGAGGAGCCUAGCUGUGAAGGCUCCCGGUGACAUUAUCACAUAAAUGAGAUGAAGUUCAAAUGAAGUGGUUCGAACUUUCAUCAUUGUUUAUAUGUCCAUUACAUAUUACUUUCAAUAGUUUCUACUUUGAAGCUAUCGAUAUAGUUUAUAAUGAAUAUCUAUUAAACAGAAAAUACAUGUAAUGAUGAUAUAAAAGACCGAGAAUGGUGCCACCAUCCACGCCCCCCCCCCCCAACUAUAUUUUUUAUGUUAAUGAUAAUAUUGAAUAAAUUUAACA